AUGUUUUCCUUUUCUUUCUCUUUCCCUUUUUUUUCUUUAGUUUUUCGAGGUUUUUCUUUAUUUUUCCUUUGUCUUCCAUUUCCUUUCUUCCCUUCUGUCUUUCUUUCUUUCUUUCUUAUUUUUCGUUAUUAUCAUUUUCUUGUGCUUAUUUUUCAUUUGUCUUUAACUUCCCCUUUCUUUCUUUCUUUCUUUCUUUCUUUCUUUUCACUUUUCUUAUUUUUCGUUCUUAUCAAUUUCCCUUCCUUGUUUUUCAUUUUCUUUCUUUCUUUUUUCUUUCUUUCUUAUUUUUCGUUAUUAUCACUUUCCUUUUCUUCCUUUACCUUUUGUCUUCUACUUCUCCUUUCUUUCUUUCUUUCUUUCUUUCUUUCUUCUUUCUUUCUUUCUUUCUUAUUUUUCGUUCGUAUCACUUUCCUUUCCUUAUUUUACCUUUUGUCUUUUACUUCUCCUUACUUUCUUUCUUUCUUUUCUUUCUUUCUUUCUUUUCUUUUCUUUCUUAAAAGCGUUAUAGCCUUCAAAGAAAAUGUCUUCUUUCUUUUCUAUCUUCUUUCUUUCUUUCUUUCUUUCUUUCUUUUUUUCUUUUCUUUGCUUUUCUUUCUUUCUUUCUUUCUUUUAUUAAUCUGUUCUUCUGAUAGUAUUAUUCCCGCCUUUUUUUAUUUUUUAACAACAAAGAAGUCUUUCUUUUCUUUAUUUUGUCACUGUCUUCUUUAUCUCCCUCCAUUUUCAUCCCUGCUUUCUUUCUUUCUUUCUAUCUAUCUUUCUUUCUUUCUUUCUUUCUUUCUUUCUUUCUUUCUUUCUUUGCUUUCUUUCUAUCUCGUCUUUUUUUCUUUCUUUCUUUCUCUGCUUUCUUUAUAUCUCUUCUUUCCUUCUUUGAUUUCUGUUUAUCUCGUCUUUCUUUCUUUCUUUCUUUCUUGUUUUCUUUCUUUCAUUCUUUGCUUUCUUUCUAUCUCUCUUCUCUUUCUUUAUUUUUAUCUCUUCUUUCUUUCUUUCUUUCUUUCUUUCUUUAUUUACUUUCUUUCUAUCUCUCAUUUCUCUCUUUUUAUCUCUUCUUUUCUUCCUUCUCUGCUUUUUUUAUAUCUCUUAUUUCAUUCUUUGCUUUCUUUCUAUCUCUUAUUUCUUUGCUUUCUUUCUUUCUUUCUUUCUUUAUAUCUCUUCUUUCUUUCUUUCUUUCUUUAUUUCUUUCUUUCUUUCAUUCUUUGCUUUCUUUCUAUCUCUCCUUUCUUUCUUUAUUUUCAUCUUCUUUCUUUCCUUUUUCUUUCUUUCUUUAUUUAUUUGCUUUCUUUCUAUCUCUCCUUUCUUUCUUUAUUUUCAUCUGUUCUUUCUUUCUUUUUUCUUUCUUUCUUUCUUUCUUUAUUUUCUUUCUUUCUAUCUCUCAUUUCUUUUUAUCUCUUCUUUCUUUCUUUCUUUCUUUCCUUCUCUGCUUUCUUUAUAUCUCUUCUUUCUUUCUUUGCUUUUUUUCUAUCUCGUCUUUCUUUCUUUUCAUCUCUUCUUUCUUUCUUUCUUUCUUUCUUUCUUUCAUUCCUUUACUUUCUUUCUAUCUCUCCUUUCUUUCUUUUUAUCUCUUCUUUCUUUCUAUCUCCCCUUUCUAUCUCUUCUUUCUUUCUUUCUUUCUUUCUUUAUUUCUUCCUUUUCACUUAUUUCUUAUUUUUCUUAUUUCUGUUCGUAUAUUAUUUCUACAGUCCUCUUGCAUUACACUUUCUUCAUUCUUCAUGCCUCACGAGGUUUCCGAUUAUCUUUUCUUCCCUUUCUUUCUUUCCUUCCUUCCUUCCUUCCUUCCUUCCUUCCUUCCUUCUUUCCUUCCUUCCUUCCUUCCUUCCUUCCUUCCUAAGUACCUUCCUUCCUUCCUUUUUCUUGUUCUUCUUUCUUAGCUUAUUGUAUUUUGUCUUCAUCUAUUCUUCCUUUUUUCUCUUUUUACAUGUUAUUUUUCAUUCUUUUUCUUUCUUUCUUGCUGAAUUUUUUCUUCAUUCUCAAUCUCCUUCUGUUUUCCUUAAUCUUUCUCUUUUUAAAUUACGUACAGUCUUUAGUCUACAGCUUCCUUCAGAGCGGGUGUAUAUAUAUAUUGGAAACCAAAUGGCCAACGAUGGUACCGACAAGCUUCAGUUUGCUUCUGGGAGAGGGCUUCUUUUAAUCCCACUAUCAAAUAGGGUUAUUAACCCAGACCCGAGAGAUAAUUUUAUAAUUCACCGACAACGUUCAUCCUGUCAACUUUUAAGCUGCAAAACGCGAGGCCUUAUCUCGGACACGAACGGCCGUGAAAGUGUCUGA